AUGGCAGCAGCCUCAGCUUCUCUCCGGCAGAAGCUCCUCAACUUGCACCCUCCCGCUCUUCGCUCUGCCUUUUCAACCGGUUCCAGAUGUCUCAAGGCGAGGCGCGGCUUCGGCGCCAGAUAUAUCCCCGAAGAGUGCAAAACGUUUUACUUCCCGGAUGGCCGUCUCUGGACAACACCAGAGAACACCCAGUUCCUCUCCAGGUACGGCAUCGAGCAUGACGUCGCGCUGGCAACCGUCCCGGCGAUGGAUCCCGAAACGCGCCAGGUCGCCCAGAAAUUCAAGGCCACCUUGUCCUUCAGCCCCCGCCACAUAAUUGACCCCUUCUACGUCAAAUACCUAGAUCCUCGAGGCCACCCCUUGGGGGCCUCGCAGAAGGCGAAGUGGGCUCGGUGGUCCGAGGAACGGCCGCUGUGGUUGAUAUGCUCGGUUAACGGCGGCCCCAAGCGCGUGGUGCGCUUGAGAGCGAUGCGACGGGUCCGACACGCCCUAUAUACUGCCCUUGAAGAAAAGGGUUAUGACAAGUACGGCAAUGGGAAGGGCAAAUACAUCAAGGGAACAUUGCGGAUCCAUCUGAACCAACCCUUGGAGGCAGUCUCUAUCCCCUCGCUUGAGUUUGGGCCGCCCUUGGUGAAACUUCUGGAAAAGCUCACGUCUCAAACUAAAACUAGAGCUACUGCACCAAAUACCACCCGUAGGACUUCCAGACCUCGUGCUUGGUAG